AUGAAGGCUCAACGGCAAACACUACGGCGGAUUGGCGUGUUGCCACAGCCUCUGCAACCGCAAUGGCGCGUUUACUCCAGAAGCCAGUCGACGAAAGCCGUACUACCACCGCAUUCACUUCUCCCGACAAAGAUGCUGCUGCGGUCGCUCUUGGUGGCGACGAUCUCGUCUCAUCGAGCGCUUCUGACUCCUGCCUUGAAGGUUCUCUCGAUGAUCGCGCACCCGCGCAUCGGACUACUGAGCGUCGAGAAGAAUCCGAUUCUCAGGGCCUUUUUAAAGACAUCCUUUUACAACCACUUCUGCGCGGGCGAGAAUAACGCCGAGGUGUCUGCGACUAUUGGUCGCAUUAAGAAUAUGGGCAUGAAGGGCGUGAUUCUGACGUAUGCUCGAGAAAUCGGGUCCGACAACUCAUCCAUAUCUACGCCUGAAGGAACAUCCGAGCAAAGGGAGAAAGGCACUGCAUUGGACAAACCCAGCUCGUCCCAAGACCCCCAGAUCGAGGCUUGGUGUGUCGGAGUGAUGGAAACUGUGGAGAUGAUUGGGGAGCAUGACUUUCUGGCUUUGAAAUUCACAGGUGCAGGUGCCGCCGCCGCAGAUGCCCUCCAGACAGGAGGGCCUCUUCCCAGCCAAAUGAUGAACGCUCUCAAGGCAAUCUGCAACCGCGCGGUGGAGAGGAAGGCCCGCAUCUUCAUCGACGCCGAGCAGCAAAGUGUACAGGAUGGCAUUGACCAGGUGGCACUCGACCUGAUGCGUCUGUUCAAUCGCGACGGCCGAGCCACGGUUUACAACACCUAUCAAGCCUAUCUGAAGUCCACGCCCACCACCCUGCACGCGCACAUGGACUGUGCGCGCAAGGAGAAUUUCACGCUGGGAGUGAAGUUGGUCCGUGGCGCUUAUAUCAACUCGGAGCCUCGCCAUUUGAUCAACGAUACCAAAGCCAACACUGACACACAGUAUGAUUCCAUUGCAGCCGAUCUGUUGAAGCGGGAAUACGGCGCGGGUCCUUUUCCGUCGGUGGAACUGUUCCUCGCGACGCAUAACAAGGAGAGCGUGCUGAAGGCGCAUGGCCUUUAUCAGGCCCGUAUCCAAUCGGGUGAGCCGACUGUUAAAGUGCAGUAUGGACAGCUGCUGGGAAUGGCAGAUGAGGUCAGCUGUCGCAUGCUGCAGAUCAAGGAAGAAGGGAACGGCGAUGAAAGUCUGGUGGCUCCUGAGGUCUACAAAUGCUUGAGCUGGGGCACUCUGGGCGAUUGUCUUUCGUAUCUUUUGCGUCGGGCAGUUGAGAAUCGGGAUGCUGUUAGUAGAACCACGGCUGAGUAUGUGGCUUUGAAGACCGAGGCCAAACGCCGCUUCAUGAUGUAUUUUCGGUCCUAG